AUGGCUUACACUGUUCCUCCUUCUCCCAAUGGUCUCAUGCCUGAUUUUCGCCUGACCCCCGACGACUGCACGAAUUAUAAAGUUCUUCCACUGUUCAGCGUUCUGAAGAUUGGUGACUGGGCAAAUCUUGAGCUUGUGAUCGCUGAAAUGGUCAAGCAACCGCGAACACUGGGCACAAAGGUUACGGAGGCGAAGAGUCAACUGAUCAGAUCUCUCAACAUUAUUGCAAAGAAGAGGACUGAUUAUUAUCCAUUGAAUGAUUACUGUACUCGUGUGGCACAAUACUACAAGUCAAAGGAAGCUUCCGCCCAAUUUACUUUGACCUGGAAACUUGAACAAGAGAAGGCAGUGGCAAAGCAAUAUGGACGCAUCAAUGGUGCCAAAGUUACACGUUUGGGAGCAAUCGAACUUGGACGAGAAUUGGAUCAAGCUGCUGACAAUCUUGAGAAGGGUGAUAAUGAAAAUGACGGCAACGAACACGUCGAUGGCGGCAACGAACACGUUGAUGGCAACAACAAUCACGUUGAUGGCGACAAUCAUGUUGAUGGCAACAAUCACGCUGAUGGCAACAAUCACGCUGAUGGCAACAAUCACGCUGAUGGCAACAAUCACGCUGAUGGCAACAAUCACAAUGAUGACAUCGAUCACAAUGAUGAUGCUCCCACUACGAUCUCCAAGUACUUGUCAAAGCAAGAAGCGGAUGGUAUACUCUAUCGACAAAGCACUAUAGGAACCAUGAUCAAGCAUCAAGCGAUUAAGAUCUUUCAAAGAUGGAAAGCCGGAGAGUCGAUUACCGAUGAUGAACGGCAUUGGAUGAAGUGCGGCUUGUCGUCAAUAUUAGACCUUGUCAAUGUACCAUCGACCAGAGAAUUCUUGAAUUCAGACAAUGACAAUGAUGAUGAUUGGGAUGUGAUACAAAAUCUAUUUACGUCAAAGUAUCAUCUCGCUGAACCGCAUCUUCCUGACAUCUUCGGCCAAACUUGGGAUAUUGUUGCUGCCAUCUUGACACGUACGAACGACGCUGAAAAAGCAAAGUCGUACAUAAACAAUAUCAAAACCAAUGGUCGUGAAACGAGAAAGCUACUGGAUCUUAUACACGUCGCUCUGGUGAUUGUCGAAAACAACAGCUUUUUACUGGAUCCUGCCAACAUCGAUCGGGUGACCGAAUAUGACUUUUUAACACAAGUAUGGGUCCCACUAAUCAAGGCGAUCAUCGACAUUCAUGCUAUGCUGCGGAUGAAGGUUGGUGAAUCAAGCCCCAAAGCUGGUACGGUGGCUAGAAAAAGGCUUUACGAUGAAGUCAACGUUGGAUUCAAAGAAGAUGUGCGUAUAUUGUACGAUUCACGUUUUAAGGAGCAUGAUCUUCUCUGCCUCGAAGCAGCAAAGAAUGGAAGCAACAUGAAGUUGACAAGCGACUUAUCAAAAUUGUUUCGCGAGGCGAAAGAUGAUUUGGAUGACCUUAUCAAUCAUAUUUUACACAGCGACCCUGCAUGUCGACCAUCAUCGUUUUAUAUGCAAACAAACGGCGUGCACUGCCACCUUGGAUCAAUUCAUUUGGCAAAACCUGGCCUCUACGUUGCUCUCCACCAAGCCAAGCUGAACUUCCCAAGGAACUUUGCCGCUUUUGCCAAUUUCAAGCUCCCUAUCACAAUGCUCGUCAAUAUCAUUUACAAGCUUGAACGGACUGCCACAUUGAUACGCAAGUCCAUCGACAGGAUUGAUGACCAUGGCCGCAACAAGCUUGACAAAUCAAUCAAUCAUCAAGACGACACCCUGCUCCCUUGCCAAUUGGCAUACAACACCCGCCCCACCUACUACGAUCCACCCAACGCCGACCAUACCACUGCCAAGCUUCCCAACGACCUUUUUGGCUUCAAUCAUUCACGCGAAUCUCAUCACUCUCCACCCGCUUCCCCCCAGUUAUCAUGGCCGAUGAGUAUGGCUGGGUCAAACUUGAAGGCGAGAGCAGGUUCUUCAAUGUUUUUACAAAUGUAUACGCUGAUCAUCAUCCCUUCUCCCACGCACCCGACUCCCAAUGACAUCCCUAAUAAAAAUUAG